AAUCUUCUCUCUUCUCCAUAUCAUUUUGCCAAGAAGAGAGCACAACUUUUAUGCCAGUGACUGACAUGGCCAUCGAAGUAAUGGAGAACCAUGAAGCCCCAGAUGGUAUUCUAGAGAACGUAUGGGCGAAUUUCAUCGGUGGAAAUGCCCCUGGAGGAGAACCCAAUAAGGCACCCACUUCAACCCAAAUUUGGGAAGGACUACCACAUCUAGAUGGGAGAGAUGGAUCAAUGGAAGUCCUACAAAGGCUUCCCAGUCUGGGGAGAUGGAUAUCCAUGGGAGCUGAAAGCUGGGAGGAACUGCUCAAUGGAAUACAGUCCACAAACAAUACUGAACCGUCCAACAAUCUUAAUUCAGAAUGGAAUGAGGUUAGUUCAACUCCAAAACAAAGUACUGUGAAAGCUGAGAAGGUGGAAGCUAGACACUUCAGGGGAGUGAGGAGACGACCAUGGGGUAAGUAUGCGGCGGAGAUAAGGGACUCGUCAAGAAAAGGAGUUCGGGUUUGGCUUGGAACCUUUGAUACGGCUGAAGAAGCUGCCCUUGCUUAUGAUAAAGCUGCUUUGAAGAUGAGAGGGCCUCGAACUUUCCUCAAUUUUCCAUUGGAGAUUGUUGCAGAGGCUACGAAAGACAAACGUUCUGUGAAUUGUUCCUCACCGUCUUCUCAAGCAAGUUAUACUACAGAAUUAAACAGAUCCCCCUGCACAUAUCCCGGAUAUGAGAAAGCAACUCUUAAUCCACAAAAAAGAUUAGCUAGAGAAUGGGAAGAGAAUGAUGAGACAAUGUCAAUGAACGAGCAACCUUCAUGGAAGAAACUAGCUAAUGUGGAGCAGCAGAUGUUAUGGAAUGAAUUUGAUGUACUGGAGUUUCAGGACCUUGGAAGCGAUUACUUGGAGAGUUUAUUGUCUUCUUGA